CAGGAGAGACGCACGCACGGAGACGUACAGUGACGGGCGCUGAGGCUGCUUCUCACGGAGGACAGGCUAUGUAGCAGCGGAGGAGAGCGUCAUGUAGCGGGCUCGGACUAUCACUAUCCCCCUCUUUCCUCUUUGUCAUUUUGGAUGCACAUUUGGACGCUUUUCCGUGAAGGCGGCAGAAGCGGCAGCAGCGGCGGCAGAAGCGCACGGACGCGGUCUGACACGGGGCCGGUCGGGGGGUGGAGGCGGGGGGUCCGUUCUGAGCUGACGGCGGCGGAGAGGAGCGGGGGGACAGGGGAGACUGGAGAUUUGGGGGGGAAUUUUCGAUGGUUUUUCCUGCAUCCAUCUUGAGAUCCGCAGAGAGCACCAUGGCGAGCGACUCCCCCGCGAGGAGUCUGGAUGAAAUUGACCUGUCUGCGCUCCGGGAUCCAGCUGGGAUCUUUGAGCUGGUUGAACUGGUUGGAAAUGGCACCUAUGGACAGGUCUACAAGGGUCGCCAUGUUAAAACAGGCCAGCUGGCUGCUAUCAAGGUCAUGGACGUCACUGGAGAUGAGGAGGAGGAGAUUAAAGCUGAGAUCAACAUGCUGAAGAAGUACAGCCACCACAGAAACAUAGCCACGUACUAUGGAGCAUUCAUCAAGAAAAACCCUCCAGGGAUGGACGAUCAGCUCUGGCUGGUGAUGGAGUUCUGUGGAGCUGGCUCGAUCACAGACCUGAUUAAAAACACCAAAGGAAACUCUCUGAAGGAGGAGUGGAUUGCCUACGUCUGCAGAGAAAUACUACGGGGUCUGACCCAUCUGCACCAGCACAAAGUGAUCCACAGAGACAUCAAGGGCCAAAACGUGCUGUUGACAGAAAACGCAGAGGUUAAACUUGUGGACUUUGGUGUGAGCGCUCAGUUGGACCGAACAGUGGGGCGCAGGAACACGUUUAUUGGGACGCCAUAUUGGAUGGCUCCAGAGGUCAUCGCAUGUGACGAGAAUCCAGAUGCCACAUAUGACUUCAAGAGCGAUUUGUGGUCCCUUGGCAUCACUGCGAUAGAGAUGGCUGAAGGAGCACCACCGCUCUGUGACAUGCAUCCAAUGAGAGCCCUCUUCCUCAUCCCCAGAAACCCCGCCCCCAGACUCAAGUCCAAGAAAUGGUCUAAGAAGUUCCAGUCGUUCAUUGAGAGCUGUUUGAUGAAGAGCCACAGUCAGAGGCCGAGCACCGAGCAGCUCCUAAAGCACCCGUUUAUCAGAGACCUCCCCAACGAGAGACAAGUCCGGAUCCAACUAAAAGACCACAUCGACCGCACCAAGAAGAGGAGGGGAGAGAGGGAUGAGACAGAGUAUGAAUACAGCGGCAGCGAAGAGGAGGACGAGGAGAGAGAUGUCGGAGAACCCAGCUCCAUCAUCAACAUCCCUGGGGAGUCGACUUUGAGGCGGGACUUCCUGCGUCUCCAGUUGGCCAAUAAGGAGCGGUCUGAACUGAUCCGCAGACAGCAACUGGAGCAACAACAGAAUGAGGAGCACAAGAGACAGCUGCUGGCAGAGAGGCAGAAACGAAUAGAGGAGCAGAAGGAGCAGAGGAGGAGGCUCGAGGAGCAACAACGGCGCGAGCGAGAGAUGAGAAAACAACAAGAGAGAGAGCAGAGGAGAAGGUACGAAGAGAUGGAGCAGAUACGGAGGGAGGAGGAGAGGAGGCACGCCGAGAGGGAACAGGAGUACAUCCGUAGGCAGUUGGAGGAGGAGCAGAGGCAGCUGGAAAUCCUGCAACAACAACUUUUACAGGAGCAGGCCUUGCUUCUGGAGUACAAGAGGAAGCAGAUCGAGGAGCAGAGGCAGGCGGAGCGUUUGCAAAGGCAGCUCCAGCAGGAAAGGGCGUACCUGGUCUCACUUCAGCAACAACAGGAGUCCAGACCUCAAGAUAAAAAACAACUGUACCACUACAAAGACCAGGCGCCUGGGAGCAACAAUGAUAAGCCAGCCUGGGCCAAAGAGGUGAUGCGUCGCGCCCAGAGUAAUUCACCUCGGCUUCCCCCAAAGCAGCAUCACUCUUUAAGGCAGCCACGUGAUGCCCACCAACUGGAGAGCCUGCUACAUCUCCCUGGAUACAAGCCCCGCCCACGCCCACCCUCUUACCCUGCUCACGGUAGCCCAUCCCGGGACAACCACUUGCCCGCAAUCCGAAUUACCUGCAUGCCAGAGGGAGCCACUAGGGGGGGUAGUCCUGCAUCUAGAGAGAAAAAUGAUAAGGAGAAAGCCUGGGGUCCGGAAGCUAGGCCGCGCAGUGCAGAAGUUAGUGGGUGGAGUGGAGAUGCAAGGGGGAGGAGUCAAGAUGAUGUCAACCUAAGAGGGUGGAGUAAUGGGCUUAAAUCAGGAAGUGAUAAGGAAAAGGGGUGGGGUCAGGAGGCGAGGCCGCGCAGUGCAGAGGUGAGAGGGUGGGAACAAGGCCAAAGGGCCCCAAGUCCAGAUCUUGAAAACUUAAAGAGGCUGAGUUAUGGGGCGAAAGAUGGAAGUGGGAGUGAAAGGGGGUGGAGCCCAGAACUGAGGGGGCGGAGUCCAGGGUCAAGAGGAGGAAGUGACAGGAAAAGGGGGUUGAGCCCAGAACUGAGGGGGCGGAGUCCAGGGUCAAGAGGAGGAAGUGCAAGGGAAAGGGGGUGGAGUCCAGGCUUAAGGAAGCGGAGUCCAGGGUUGAGAGGAGGAAGUGCAAGGGAAAGGAGGUGGAGUCCCGAUGUGAGCAACUUGAAUUUGGACCCAAGGGGUCGGAGUCCAGAUCGUCGGCACAAAGUUUCAAACCGGAUUUCGGAUCCAUCGCUGCCUCCGCGCUCAGAGUCAUUCAGCAGCAGCAUUCAACAGGCCAGGACCCCUCCAAUGCAUCGAGCGGUAGAGCCACAGAUGGCUCACCUGGUCCAAGUGAAGAGCCAUGGUUUGUCGGGCUCUCAGUCGCUGUAUGACCCUCACGGUGUGUCAUCUUCGUCGACCUCCGUGUCCCCCUCGCGGCCCCCCAUGCCCCGACAGAACUCCGACCCCACCUCAGACACGCCCCCAGCCCCGCCCCUCUCCCGCCUGGCCCCACCCCUCGACUGGCUGAGGCAGGAUGACGACACGCCGCCCAAGGUUCCCCAAAGGACGACCUCCAUCUCUCCAGCUCUGGUCCGAAAACACUCUCCAGGAAACGGGCCGGGUCUGGGACCUCGAGCCGGAGCACACCUCAUACGGGCCAGCAACCCGGACCUGCGGAGGACGGACGUUUCCAUGGAUACGCCCCUGAAGAGGACAAGCAGCGGCAGUUCCUCCAGCUCCAGCACCCCAAGCUCCCAGGGCGGCUCCAACGAGAGAGGCAAGCAUGAAGUCUCUACUCUCCCACGCUCCCACGGCUCUAAAGAGGACAGAGAGGUGACCCGCCCCAGUCGACCUGCUGACUUGACAGCUUUGGCCAAGGAGCUCCGUGAGUUGCGUCAGGGGGAGGAGACAAGCCGACCUCCUGUAAAAGUAACCGACUACUCCUCAUCCAGUGAAGAGUCCCACAGCAGCGAGGAUGAGGAGGGAGAGGGCGGCAACAACGAUGGGACUGUUGCCGUCAGCGACAUCCCACGAAUCAUGCCGGCGGCGAGUCAGGGCGGAAAUGAGUCUCUGGGCGGCUCUUCGGGUCAGAACGAUUCUCACAGUGAUUCUUUUGGAAACAGCUCCCAGGACUCCACCCUCAUGAUGAGAGAGUUCGGGACAAGCAGCAGUGGAGGGUCCAAAGCCUCGUUUACUCCUUUUGUAGAUCCCAGAGUUUAUGGGACAUCCCCGACCGAAGAGGAUGAGAAGAACUCUGCUGCAGCAUUUGCAGACGAGCUCCUGAAGGCAGAGCUGGAGCAGGCGCGACUCAAUGAAGCCCGAAAGAUCUCCGUGGUGAACGUGAACCCCACAAACAUCCGUCCACAUAGCGACACGCCCGAGAUCAGGAAGUACAAGAAGCGCUUCAACUCUGAGAUCCUCUGCGCCGCACUAUGGGGUGUGAAUUUACUGGUGGGCACAGAAAACGGACUGAUGCUGUUGGACCGGAGUGGACAGGGUAAAGUCUAUAACCUCAUCAACAGGAGGCGUUUUCAGCAAAUGGACGUAUUGGAAGGGCUCAAUGUCCUCGUCACCAUCUCAGGGAAGAAGAACAAACUGCGCGUGUACUACCUGUCCUGGCUCCGAAACAGGAUUCUUCACAACGACCCAGAGGUGGAGAAGAAACAAGGCUGGAUCACUGUGGGUGAACUGGAGGGAUGUGUCCAUUAUAAAGUCGUGAAAUAUGAGAGGAUCAAAUUCUUGGUGAUCGCUCUUAAAAACGCAGUGGAGAUUUAUGCCUGGGCCCCAAAACCUUAUCACAAGUUCAUGGCGUUCAAGUCCUUCACCGAGCUGCAGCACCGCCCCCUGCUGGUUGACCUCACUGUGGAGGAGGGUCAGAGGUUAAAGGUCAUUUACGGCUCCACUGUAGGUUUCCAUGUGAUUGACGUGGACUCGGGAAACCCCUAUGACAUCUACAUCCCCUCACAUAUCCAGGGCCAGGUGACUCCUCAUGCGAUCGUGAUUCUGCCUAAGACUGAUGGGAUGGAGAUGCUGUUGUGUUAUGAGGAUGAGGGGGUCUAUGUGAACACUUACGGCAGGAUCACUAAAGACGUAGUGCUGCAGUGGGGGGAGAUGCCCACCUCCGUCGCCUAUAUCCACUCAAACCAGAUCAUGGGCUGGGGGGAAAAGGCCAUAGAGAUCAGAUCUGUGGAGACGGGGCACCUGGACGGAGUGUUCAUGCACAAAAGAGCUCAGAGACUCAAGUUUCUGUCAGAGAGGAACGAUAAAGUUUUCUUUGCUUCUGUCCGGUCUGGCGGCAGUAGUCAAGUCUUCUUCAUGACUUUGAACAGGAGCUCUAUGAUGAACUGGUAACACGUGUCUGCGAUUCCAGCUACGAUGGGACAAACUGACCAACAAAAUGGCCGACAGCGGAUCGCACGAGGAGGACAGUGGACAGUGUAAGAAAAAAGAGAGUGAUUUUUUAUGGAGGAAAACAACACGCUGCUACAGGAAGAGACGAAAUCGCAGGCAAAACCUUAAGUCUGUGGACAGCCUCUUUAGCCUUUGGAGAACUUCUCUGUGUAGCUCUACAUAAAGCCACUGAACGUUCACACUGAGAGGAGCAGCGGACAUUUUUGAUGAUGUAAUAAGGUCACAGGUCAAGGUCGUACCUAUCUAUGGAGUUAUAAAGGGGAUGUCAUAACUCUGGCUCCGGGUCCAAUAGAAUUCAGUUUGCCACAAUGGCAUUUUAAUAGUAUUGGUACAGUCCCUUUAACUUGCUCUUGCUUUAAAAUGGCUUGACGGCACAAAAAUAAUCCUCUUUUUUACAUUUAGAAAUGAUUUUCAGAUAUAGAUUUUGAAACUAUUUACCAAUACAAUCUUGGCCUUAAUAAAAGUGCAGAAAGGUGCACUAUGUAACUUUUCUAGUGAAUGCUAUGCUGCCUGCUUGUCUCCAUGGCGAUGCUGCUUUGACUGGAUUGGGCAAAGUAUUGUAUAGCAUUUUUGUAUUCAAUUACACGUGUUUUAAUCGCCUUGAAAAACAUCCAGGGUCACCUCUUCAUAGACCUGACCUGUAACUUGGCCUAGUGGCAUCACAUAUUUGUCUCCAUGACGAUAGAGAAGAUUAAUGCCAUACUGUGAAGCAUUCCAGACAAAGCAAUAACAUCUCCAUGGAGACAAGCAGAUGACAGACCAUCCACCUGAGAAGUUACAUAGUGCAACUUUAGACAAAACAUUUAUAUUGUAAAAUUAAGUACACCCACAGAUAUUAUUUAAAUCCUGUUACUUCAUCGCAUUAUUACUUUUUUUUCCUUCCCCACUGUUGUGCCAAAUGCCUUUAACUGCACAAAAAUACAAUUAAAACUACAGAUUUAUACCACUAGGCCUCAAGUCGACUAAAGAAGCUCUCAAAACCAUUGUGUGUCUCUGUAUCUGACCCAAACUGCACUCACGAGACUACACCUGCAGGGGGAGUUCAUGCAAAAGCUACUAUUAAGAAACAAUUGAUUUAUAUAAAGACAGAUUAAAUUUGCGAAUCGUGAGUUUAAUCUGCCUGUUUACAUAUAAAUACCAAAUCUUCAGCUAAGUCACUCAUUCAUUCUCAAACUCUUCCUUUCUGCCUAUAGCUCUAUGUACCACACUAAUCAAUGCCAGAUUUUGUGCAUAUAUUUCGUAGCUAUAGUUCGUACUCCUCUCAGUGUGAACCCAAUCCAUCAUGUGCUGCUGCUCAAAAAUUUUACAUCUUGACUUUUUAAAGAAACAAAAAUAAAAAUCUCACUGAUUAACUGGAAUUUUCAGACAGUUGUAGAUAGUUACCAUGGUUACAAGAGCGGCACAACACAUUUUCACUAUAAAGAAAGUGGCGUAGAUUAGUUUUAACUUCGGAGGUUGUUCCUUUGCAACUGUUUUAGUUCGAUUCACUGCAAAAAUGUAAAUAUUCACUGCUGUUAAAGAUCGAAUUUACAAUAAUAAGGGAAAGGAGGAAUCAACUGGUCUGGCUUAUUGUAUAUUUAGUUUCAAGUCUCUCUAUGGCAUAUAUUUUGUGCAUUUAAGCUAACACCAUGUUUGUUUUUCAAUUAGACUGGAUGUAGUUUGCUUGUCGAUACUUGUCCCAACAAAAUAUAUUUGUUUUAGCAAUCAGUUACUUAAAACAGACAAUUAUAGAGCGUGAAUUCUCAACUGAUGGGUAUCACAGGUAUGUUUUUUAUGUUUUAGGUUGUGAAGUUGAAGAAAUGGUUGAAAAUAGAUGUGUGAAAAAUUUAAAUAGGUUACAGUAAAAGUUACACAGGUUGGCAAGAUGGCAGAACAAAUAAUAAUGAUAAAAUGACCCAAUAAAAUGGAAAUAAACCCAUAUAUUUUAAAGAGGGGGCAUUAUGCAAAAUCGACUUUUGAAGCGUUCUACCGUGUUAUGAUGUUGUUCCCUCAUCAAAAACAUGCCUGAAGAGGUUUUAGAUGUCAUCCAUGCAUGUUUGACUAAUCUAGUGAUCUCUCCUGGGGCCUAUUUGAGCUCUCCUCUGGUUACCAGUACGAUCCUUUCCAAUGCUCUGCCCACAAGCCUAUGUCACCUUCUCCCACAUGACAAUUCUCCAGAAAUAUACAAAACCAGGAUAUAAAACAAUACACUACAACAGAUACAACUUCACAAACCUGAUGGGAUGUACAGUAGUUGUGGAAGCACUUUGAAGAAGGAGUGACUUAGUACAGAGAGCAAAGAGAGCGGGGGAUAUGUUAAUAUGAUUUUUCAGCAAAUAUAGCAUUUUCAAAACAGUAAAAGGUAACAUGGUGAUCUAAAUAUGGUAUGCAUUAGCAGUUAACACCCAUAGUGUAAUACCCCCUCUUUAAAAAAUGCUAAACACUAUUGGGGCAUUUGCUUGUCUGUUUUAGCACAAAAACAUUAGCUUAACAACUCUCUAUUUUGUUACAAAGUAUAGGUCAGGAAGCCCUCCCAGAAAAAAUCUUAAUUGUCCAAUCAUAACUGUUUACCCAAAAAGGGGUGGGCCUUCUGUACUCUUUAGUUCCUGUAAUUGGUGCUUUACUUUUUAAAAUUGUGUCACUCAGGAACCAACAUAUUCUACAUUUUAGUAGUGCUGCCCCCUUUUGAUCAUUUGUUAGCAUAGCAAGUUGCAUAACUGAAAUAAUUGUUUCCAUGGAAAUUACAAUAACUUGCAUAUGAAAAGACUACUGGACCAACCAAAAGGAUUGGAAGCAUCAAACGUAUGUAACUACACUCAAAUAAAUAAUGAUCAAACACAAUUUGGGGGUAAUUUUAACUUAAUAUAUUUAAAGGUGCACUAUGUAACUUUUCUCGUAGGGGUCCACCACUUUUUUGUCUCCAUGGAAAUGUUACAUUGACUGAAAUGUUCCACAGUAUGGCAUUAUCUAUCUUGCAUUUAUUCAUUUACAGGUGUUUUAAAUACAAUGGGAAAGCAUGCAGUCUUUCUGUAAGACAUUUGUCUCAGAUGUUUGUCUAGAAGUUUAAUACCACACUGUGGAACAUUCAGUGCAAAACCAUAACAACUCUAUGGAGACAAGCAGGUGGCCUAUUCUGAGUAGAAAGGUUACAUACCGCACCUUUAAAAUAACAUACAUGUAAUUUGACCAUGGAUGAAAAAAUUACGUAAUAAAUUUAUUUUGAGUAGGGAAAUCUCCUUUAGUUUAAUGUCUUUUACAUUGUCUUUUACAAUACAAUGUUAUCAUAAUGCACCUUUUUGACGUUUACAGUUAGUUACAGUUUGAAUAUUAACUUUAUAGCUCGAUGUUUACUGUAUUUUUGCUUUCAGAGAUUCAACUUCAUGUUAAGCUUCAUUUUUGUUCAAUUCUUAAUUACGCACUGCAAAAACUAUAUAUCAAGAUCAGUUGAUUAAAAGCUGCAGUAUGUAACUUUUCUGGUCUUUGCCUAUAAUGUUCCACUGUAUAGCAUUAAACUUAUCGAUUUCACAUUUUUUUAAUUACUGGUUUGUAAAAAUACCUUGAAAAACGUGCAUCCUUACUGUGGCAUCACUUGCUUGUCUCCACAGAUAUAGAUAAGUUUAAUGUUAUACUGUAGAACAUUUAAGUAACAGCUAUACCAUCUCCAUGGAGACAAGCAUGAGGCAGACCCUAUACCAGAAAAGUUACAUAGUGCACUUUUAUCCCAUGCUUGAUAUAGAUUUAUUGCAGUGCAUGCGCCACUUUGAAGCCUUUUACUUUGAGUUAAGUGAGAAGGCAGGGUCCGAUUGACUGAGAAUAGAAUGAAAAGAUAUAUAUAGUAUAUACUGUAACACUAUUGAGGAUAUCCUUCUGAUCAUUUUAGUGAAAGACAAAAAAUAAUGUUACUUAUUACGAGGAAACUUAGACGUCUUUCUACAGAAUAGAGAAAAUAGUUAUAAAGAUUUCGUAAAAAACAAAAAAAUACAAUGUUUUUAUUGUGGUAUUAUUUGUAAUUCAAUUUUUGUAUCCAGACUGUGAACGUAUGUUGAAUGCUUGUUUCAAUGAGUGUGUGUGUGUGUGUGGGGGGGGGGGGGGGGGGGGCGUGUGUGUGUGAGAGAGAGAGAGAAACCAGGCGUGUGCACGUGACAGUAGAGACGUGCACGUGACGAUAGGGGUGUGCACGUGACGAUACAGCUGUGCACGUGUGGGUGACGUGCAUGAGCGUGACUGUUUUCACUUUUGUCCAAAAUCACUGGAGCCCGGUCGAACCUCGACUUGGCUACGCACAUCUGUGGAAAUGUGAUGGAAAUUCAACAAUAAAUGUCCUCUCCUUGUA